GAGCAGACUUGGGUUCAGACUGCCGGAGGAUCUGUCCCGGGGGAAAAAAAACGGACUCUUACCAUUCGAGAAAGUCUAUUUUUUAUGGUCUAAAAAUCUUUUUUCCCCCUGUUUAGGUAUUUCAGUUGAAAAGCCCGUGGUCCGGUUCCCGUCUAGCGGACGGAGGCAGGUGUUCGGUUCGCGCUCUCCGCGCCGCUCGAGACGCAGAACAUUCAUCACCGCGACUCGCGCCCGCUCUCCAACCGUCGCUUCGCUGCUUGUUGUUCAAAGUAACUUUUCUGGAUAAAAAACCCCCUGAAAAAAUAACCGAUUUAUAUUGUAAGGUUGUUUUAGGAAGAAGCGAAGACACUGUGGCGUUUUAUCGGAACAUUUCCAGCUGCCUUGUCGACUUGUUAAAGAUGUAAAAAAGGAGGUUCACAGCUGAAACUGUGUCGCAGUGUGUUGUCCCUGUGCUAAGCUAACCGCUGUGUGGGUUUUGGUUGUUUAAUACGGACUGACUAGCCUUCUCACAGCUGAACUGCUCCGUUUCACCUGGUUUUGUUGGAGACAUUCGGGAUUGAAGGUAACUAACGGAAGGUGUGUUUCUUGUUGUUAACCUGUUGGCUGGUUCCUGCCUGCGUUGUAACCCGAGACAAGCGGCAAGCCCCAGCGGACCGGAAAGAGAGGGAGGGAAGGAGGGAGAGAGAGGUGGAGAGUUACCGCUGCAUUUAUCCUCUCUGGCUACAUUUUACCCCGCUGAAUGGUUAAUUCAUAGUUAACCUGAAUAUUUAACUAGAGGUUUUCUGAAGCCCACAGUGUUACUUCAUAACAAACCUGGACUCGGUUCGGGAGCCCUGCACCCAGACUAACUGGUGAAUUCGCCUGGAUCGAUAGCAAAUGGUUUACAAAUAGAUUUUUUCUAAAUCACACAAUAAGAAAGCCCGAAUGGAUCAUUUAUGCGCUUUAUUGCCCGCCAUUAAUUCUGUCUAAACACCCACAUGAUCUGCUAGACAAAUCCCCGCUGAAGACAUCACAACAAGCAGGGAUUUAUCGGGGCCGUAGCCCGACUUGCUGAUAUAAUCGGAUCAAUCCAAAUCCCACUCUCUCAGAUGUAUUAAUUCUGCUCCUGCGGCAUCACUGGUAAUGAACAUGAGAUAUCACAGGAGACAGAAACCUUCCGAGCCCCGGAGAGGCGAGGGUGAGGACUUUAUUAAAGGCAAACCGAGAGGCCAAGCUGCCAGGACCGGGAAGGAGCUGUUCGUGUCACUGGUUGAGUUGUUGAUCCGCCCGGGCACCACGGGACGCGAGGGAAUUGUCACCGGUGACGGUGGGAGGGACUCUGAUUCAGCGACCCACGGGGAGGAGACACCCACCCCAGAGCGCCUGUUAGCCGGCCAGUCCUCCAGGGAGAAGCCGGUGAAGGAGACGCACUGUGGAGCAGGUGGAAGCCCUUCAUCUCACAUUUCUCUCCCUUCUCCUCCUCUCCGUUUCCCUCGCGCUCAGCGCACCGGAGGAGGCUCCAACAACAUCAAAGCGCAACCGGAGAUUACUUCCAUUAACCCGACCAAACCCAGCCGUGGAGUCCCCGUGGAUCACCUCUCUAAUAUGAAGCCUCUCCAUUGUAAUGGAAUUACGCGCAACGGUCGCGCCGCCGUGGGAGCUGUUCCGCCCGCGGCGACAUGGAUCAUGAUGCCGCCCAGGGUGACCCGCGGCCCAACAGAGAGAGGGAUGAAGCUGGGUCUGUGGAGCUUCAGCUGGAGCUGGGGUUUUCUCUUCCUGCUCCUCCUCAGCGGCUGGAUACACAUGUUGAAUGCACAAGAUGUAGCUCCAUAUUUCCGUGUGACUCCAGGCCAGGUCCAGACCCAUCUAGAGGGUAACAGGCUGGUACUGACCUGUCUGGCUGAAGGCUCCUGGCCUCUACAGUACCGAUGGAUCCUCAACAACACAGACAUCACACACUUCUCUCCACUAUACACGUAUGUUAUCCCAGAGGUCAGGAGGUCAGAUGCUGGGGUGUAUCAGUGUGUGGUCAGGAACAGAAUGGGAGCCCUGUUACAGAGGAGAUCUGAGUUGCAGGUCGCCUUCAUGGGUAUCUUUUCUGGUGAGGAGCAGCGUCGUACGGUCAGUGUUGGUCGAGCUGCGGUCCUGAACACUCCAACCGUCAGCUGCUUCCCGAGACCGCAGGUCACCUGGUACAGAGACGGUCACAAGAUAAUCCCCAGCAACAGAGUAGCCGUCUCGUUGGACAAUCAGCUGGUUGUCUUGUCGGCCAGGGCGGAUGACGUGGGGAGGUAUUACGUACAGGCGGUCAACGAGCUGACUGGACAGAACCGCACCUCUCCCUCUGUCUACCUCAGCAUAGCUGACCCUGAUGCUCUGGUUGUCCCCGUGGCUCCGGUCAUUGUGAUUGGUCCGAAGAAUAUGUCUGUCGUGGCAGGGAGGGAAGCUACACUGGAGUGUAUUGCUAACGCCAGGCCGGUGGAGAGGCUGGUGUUGUCGUGGAAACGUAAUGGGCGUCGGCUGGCCAGUGGAGUGGGCGUGUUCGGGCGUCGCCUGACCCUCUCUAGCCCCUCCCUCUCAGACGGGGGCGUGUACGUGUGUGAGGCGUCGCUUCUUAACUCCACCACCAGACCCACCGAGGCCCGGGCCCAUCUCACUGUCCUGGAGCCUCCAUACUUCACUGCUGAACCCAGACUGAAGACUGUAGCAGCGGUGGACAGGAACGUCGACUUACACUGUCAGGCCAAGGGAGUCCCCUCGGCUCGUAUAGACUGGUAUAAAGACGCGGUGCCCGUAUCCAAGCUAGCCAACCCUCGCUACAAGGUUACCGCGGCAACAGGUCUGACUGUGCGGAGAGUCCAACCAGGAGAUGCUGGAAUGUUCCAGUGUUUCGCUGGGAACGCUGCCGGAGAGACACAGACACACACACAGCUGGUGGUUACUAGUGUCACCCCCUCCUUCUCCCUCCUCCCCUCUGAUCUCACCGUUACCGACGGCAACUCGGCUGUGUUCACCUGCGAGACCACUGGAGCCCCCAAACCUGCUGUCAGCUGGAGGAGAGGUUCCCUGCUCCUGGCCAGUGGGACGGUCCAGAUUCCCAGGUUCACCCUGCUGGAGUCAGGUGGUCUGCUGGUUGAGCCAAUCAGGAUGGAAGAUUCUGGCGACUACACCUGUACUGCCACUAGCGCAGACGGAUCCAUCAACGCUACUGCUGCUCUCACUGUCUGGAUUCGUACAUUUAUCUCCGUCCCGCCGGUGGACCAGAGGGUCAUCAAGGGAACCACGGCAACCCUGGACUGUAACGCUACACACGACCCCAGGGUCAACAUCAGUUUCCAGUGGCAGCGUGGUGCAGUACCCCUCCAGCCCAGCGGGGGCAGAGUGUCUAUAUUGUCUGGUUCUCUGACCAUCAGCCAGACUUGGUCAGGCGACAUAGGAGACUACACCUGCACUGUAACAUCACAGGCCGGGAACCAAUCACGCUCCGCACGCCUUGAAGUCAUUGAGCUCCCCCACUCCCCCAGGUCUCUUUCUGUGUCUCUGAAUGAUUCAGACAGCCGUUCAGUUCUACUCUCCUGGGUCAGACCCUUCGAUGGAAACUCUCCUCUUCUACACUACAUACUGGAGCUGUCUGAGAACAACUCUCCAUGGAAGGUGUACACGUCGGAGGUGGGGCCUGCUGUGACACAGGUGACGGUGGGCGGACUCACCCCUGCCAGGACCUAUCAGUUCAGACUCUGCGCUGUCAAUGAAGUGGGCCGCGGCCAAUACAGCGGCGAGACACAGAGAUUGAUGCUGAGAGAGGAGGCUCCCAGUGCUCCUCCUAAGAACAUGGUAGCGUCGGGUCGGACCAAUCAGUCUAUCAUGGUCCAGUGGCAGCCUCCCCCAGAACCACAGCUCAAUGGAGUGCUCCGAGGAUACGUACUCAGGUAUCGUCUGGCAGGUCUACCAGGAGAGUACCAAGAGAAGAAUAUCUCUAGUCCAGAGACUAACUACUGUCUACUAUCAGACCUCAUUAUCUGGACUCAGUAUCAGAUACAACUGGCUGCUUACACUGCUGCAGGCCUGGGGGAAUAUAGUACUGCUGUUACUGAGUACACACUACAGGGAGUCCCCACAGCGCCCCCUCAGGCUGUAGAGGUAACAGCAGUCAGCUCCUCCACAAUCAGAUUCACCUGGAACCCUCCGCCUCAGCAGUUCAUCAACGGGAUCAACCAGGGAUACAAGUUGCUAGUCUGGCCGGAGCACUCCCCAGCUGUAACCACUGUGACCAUCACCCCUGACUAUCCCGGUUCCCGCCUCACCGGAUUGGUUGUUGGACUCAUGAAGUACACCUGGUAUCUAGGCUCCGCCCUCUGCUUCACCACGCCCGGCGAUGGACCCAAGAGCCCUCCCAUACUGCUACAGACACAUGAAGACACACCAGGUCCGGUGGGUCACUUGAGCUUCACUGAGAUCCUGGACACAUCUCUGAGAGUGAGCUGGGCAGAGCCUAAAGACAAGAACGGCAUCAUCACAGGUUAUGUGAUAUUGUGGUGUGUUUCGGGGUCGGGGGUCAAUGCGUCCUGUGAGGAGCGACCUCUCUCUAACUCUACCCUGCAAUACAAGGUCACCAGCUUGACCUCUAUGACAUCAUACACCCUGGAGGUUGCUGCCAUGACAGCGGCAGGAAGAGGCGUGGCCACCACCUCCACCAUCUCCUCUGGAGUCCCGCCAGAGCUUCCUGGUGUGCCUUCUAACCUGGUCAUCUCCAACAUCAGCCCUCGCUCCGCCACACUAAGGUUCCGCCCCGGCAGCGAUGGGAAGACGGUCAUCUCCAAAUGGAUCGUAGAAGGACAGGUGGUGAGAGAGAGAGGUGGAGAGAGGGAUGGGAAGGAGGAGGAGUGGAGAGUCGUGUAUGAGAGAGAGAACAGAGAGAAGCAGCCUGAUGUAGACACACUGGAAAUACCAGACCUCCUCCCCUUCACACUGUACAGGUUCCGAUUGCGCCAGGAGAACAUUGUGGGCUCCAGUCCAUCUAGCACCCCCUCCAGGAUGAUUCAGACACUGCAGUCGGCCCCCGAUACACACCCCAACAACCUCACCCUGGUUACAGCUACACAGACCAGCCUCACACUGCGCUGGGCGCCGUUACCGGUAUCUGAGUAUAAUGGUAGUCCAGAGACGGUGGGUUACCGGGUGUGUGUCCGGCGGGCAGACGGCCAGGGAGAGGAGAGGCUGGAGGAGGUUAGAGGUCAGGGGUCAGGGGUUAGUGGUCAGCAAAGCGAGACGAUGCUGGAGGGCCUGGCUGAAUGGACAGAGUACCAGUUGAAGAUACAAGCCUUUAACUCUAUAGGAGCUGGACCAUGGAGUACCACACUGACCACACACACCAAGGAGUCAGUGCCGUCUGGCUGUCCAGUGAAUGUGAGUGCGGAGGCGGUGAGUUCUACCAGGAUUUUGGUCACAUGGUCUCCUGUUCCCGAGAUGCAGAGAAAUGGACCCAUCCUAGGUUACAAGGUUCCAGGUCCCCCAGUGAGGCUGUUGUUUCCAGAGGUUAGUCUGACGUCUGUCAGGGUGGUGUGGCAGCCUCCUACUGACCCCAACGGGAUUAUCAUGGGUUAUCAGAUAGCGUACCGUCUGGAUGCUGGUGACCCCAUGCGGUUCACUACGGUGGAGGUGGGGUCGACCGCGCGUCAGUUUACAGUCAGCGGUUUGACCGGAGACCAGGCCUAUGUGUUCAAGUUGACCGCUAGGACCUCUCAGGGAUGGGGCAGAGCUGAGGAAGCUGUAGUUAUCACCACCGAACGCAGAGAGCGUCCCUCCCCCCCCAGGAAGUUGUCCGUCCCCCAGGGGGAGGUCCAGUCUCGUAGGCUCCGCCUCCACUGGGUUGCCGGGACGACAGGCUCCUCCCCCCUACGGUACUACAGCCUGCAAACCAGAGAGCUUCCGACCGGAGACUGGACCAGUCACUCUGCUGAUAUACCACACAAUUAUACAGCCUGGACCGUAGAGAGACUGAAACCCUUCACGUCGUACAAGCUGAGGAUGCUGGCAACCAACGAUGUAGGAGACAGUAACUACAGCAAAGAGACGGAGACUGUUAUCACACUACAGCAUGUUCCUGAGGAGGCUCCAGUGAUAGUAUCAGUUAAACCCUCUACUACUACCUCUGUUCUGGUGCAGUGGCAGCGUCCCAGUGAGGAGAGUGUUAACGGGGUGCUGGUUGGUUACCGGCUGUACUACCGGGAACUCCCGGUAAACUCCACCCCUAGUACGGUACCCCUGGAAGACAUGGCAACAGCCAACAACACCACCACACGUGAUGCUCACAUCACUGCUCUGACCAACUUUAAGACAGUGAGCAGUGCUUCCUUAACAGAAUUUGAGUUAACACAGCUGAAGAAGUUUAAGUGUUAUGAAAUCGUCAUGACAACCUAUAACAUCGUAGGAGAGAGCCCACCCUCUGAGCCGGUCACUGUGUCAGUUGGAGAAGCAGCUCCCUCCUUGCCACCCCAGUCUAUCAGAGUGGUGCCGGUCUCUCCUACUGUACUGGAGGUGACCUGGGACCUCCCACCCCUACAUGCACAGAAUGGACUCAUCCAGGGUUACAAGAUCCACUACUGGCAGGGUGACAGACAGAACCAGACAGAGAAGGUGACGGUGGUGUUUGUUCCUGACACACGUGUUCAUCUGGUCAACCUCACGUGUUACAUGUCCUAUCUCGUCACGCUGUCUGCAUUCAACGUGGCUGGAGACGGCCCGCCCAGCGAACCCCGGGGAGCCAAGACCCUACAGGCUGCCCCCAGCCAGCCUAGUUUCCUGUCGUUUUCGGAGGUGACAGGAUGGAGUGUCAACGUCUCCUGGGGGGCGCCCAGCGCUUCUAACGGGGUAGUGGAGGGGUACAGGGUGGUCUACCAACCCACACAGCCUGUACAGGGUGUGAGUCGGGUGGUGACGGUGGAUGUGAAGGGUAGCUGGCAGCGUUGGUUAAAGGUCAGAGACCUGACUAAAGGAGUAACCUACAGGUUCAGUGUCCAGGCCAGAACAGUCAGCUACGGACCUGCUGCACACUGUAACGUCACCUCACAACCUCUUCAGGGCACCCCUGGUUCGCCCAUGGAGAUGUCAGUCACCAAGUCCUCCUCAGCGCUGACCAUUCAUUGGUCGGAGGGAGACGCGGGGGCGGGACCUGUCAUAGGUUACAUCAUCGAGGCUCGUCCCUCAGAUGAAGGUAUGUGGGACUCGUUUGUCAGGCUCCUCCCCCCCAGCAGUAGGUCAGUAACCGUGGAGAUGGACCGUCUGAGGUCAGGGGUUGGAUAUGAGUUCCGUGUCAUCGCUGUCAAUCGCUACGGUUAUGGAGAACCCAGCACGCCAUCCACCGCGCUCGCUGCGUUGUGGGACCGUCCCUUCUAUGAGGAGUGGUGGUUCCUGUUGGUCCUGUCUCUGAUUGGUCUGAUCGUGGUCCUCAUGUUGGUGUUCAGCCUCCUGCUGCACGGACACAACCAGCAGUACAGGAGCUGCAGCUCAGGAAAGCAUGUGUCUACGGUGGAGGAGUCUGUAACCCUGGACAACGGAGGAUUCACAGCUCUGGAACUCAACAGCAGAACUCUGAACAACAAGAGCACCUUCCACAAGAAGAAUGGAACUAGGUCCCCUCCCAGGCCCAGUCCAGGCCUCCUCCACUACUCUGAUGAAGACCUGUGUGAUAACUACAACAAUGGAGCCAUCCUUACAGAGAGCACCACACUCACAGAGAAACCUACUGACAUAUCAGAGUCUGAGGUAACAGACAGUGACUGUGAGGAUGAUCAUCAUCCUAAACAUUCCUUUGUUAAUCACUACAUGUCAGAUCCCACUUACUAUAACAGCUGGAAGAGACAGCCUAAAGGCCUGAAGGGGUUAAGUCCACCGUAUGGCUACGAGGAGUGUUCCAGCGCUGACGGAGCAGAGCCCUACUACCAGACCGUGGUCACACAGCACAGCACAGGAGGAGCGUACACACCCACUGGGCUGCCCGCCCACACACACACACUCCCACACACACACACGCACACACACGCCAACCCCAAUACUAAUCCACCAGGCUCACGCACCCCCAUCACAGGGUUCUCAUCCUUUGUCUGACACGUGCACGUGCACACAUGCGCACACACACACACACGCUCACACACACAGAGGGCGGAGUGGAGGAGGUUUGGAGCCCACUACUGUGGUAGGACACAGGGAUGGAGGGAGAGGAGGAUGGAAUGAGAAGAGGGAGAGGAGGAUGGGGGAGAGGAGGGUGGA